GCGGCAGCUUUGGCACUGAUAGCGAAGCUAGAGGACAAGAAGCGCGAGAGGCUGGAGAAUGAGACUGUGACGACUUUGGAUGCAGUGAACCUGGCAGCGCUGACAAUGGAUAAGAGUUGGUGGGACUAUGUGAGGGAUUAUGUGGAUGUAGGGUCACAUGAAGCCGGCCUAAGAGCUCUACGUGAUGCACCUUUCCUACAAGGACUACCUGGUGAAUGUCUAAAUGGAAUGGUGCAGGAGAGCAUUUGUGAGCGAGGAUGGGACGUGAUGAAGAAGGUCGACUUCCUUAGCCGACCUCAAAAGCGGCGUUUGUGGACGGCGAAAAGAUGGAUCGUUCAUCUCUACGCGGGAGCGGUUGGACACUACAAGAUGUUCCAAUUGGACGAGGGCGACACGGUGGUGAUUGAGUUGGACCUGGAGCGGAACAAGGCCCACGAUAUACAAAGAGAUUCCACAUGGCGGAUGUUAAUGUGGGGAGCCUUGACGGGAAGGAUUGAAGCUGUGGUUGGGGGUCCCCCGGGUCGAAAUGGACUUCCGUGCCUGGACCAGAAGGCAACCAAGAAGGACGUGAGGAAUUUGACUCUGGUUGCGCGAAUGCUGUGGCUCUACGCGGUCGCCGAGGCGGCAAGGACUACGAGUUCAGCGCUGCCCCCCAAUCGCAAAAGGCCGGUGGCUUUCAUGGUGGAGCACCCCGCGGAGGAGAAUUGGGUCGGCAAUCAUCCUUCAACAACAUCGCUAUGGACAACCACUACAUGGAGAGCUUUCGCAGAAGAGAUGGGCAUGGGCUUAGUGACCUUUGAUCAGGGUGUUAUGGGAGCUACAACUACAAGUACCACAACCUUAGGGACAAACAUCUACUACCUUAUGGGCCUGGAUGCCAUGCGGGAGGAAAGCUCAGAAGGCGAAGCUCGCCCACGUCCUGUGGAUGGUACCUGGUCAAGUGGGCUUGUGGAUGCUGUAGUGAUGGCUUUGCAGUUCUGGAGACGACGGUUAACCAAGAGAAAUACCGCGGAUGGCUGCGUUAACAGCUGCUCAGUGGAAGGACCCAUCAAACCCGGUCUAGAUGUGUCCUCGAAGGGAGCUCUGGGAAAAGGCCUUAGAUAUAUGCUUAUCGGGAAGUACACCUUACCGCGGGAGUAUGUGAAGGCCUACUCCGGAAGGGUGAGGAGGAGCUACAAGGAACCAAGGCUACAGAUGGCGAACCCCUUGAUGGACCUUCUCUACUACCACGACGUGACAAAGGGGAUCCAGGUGAGGAGGAGCUACAAGGAACCAAGGCUACCGACGGCGAACCCCUUGUUGGACCUUCUCUACUACCACGACGUGACAAAGGGGAUCCAUGUGAAGAGGAGCUACAAGGAGCCAAGGCUACGGAUGGCGAAGACCUUCUUGGACUUUCUCUACUAUCAUCAUGUGAUGAAGGAUCACAAGAGCGAUGUAAUACAUCCACCUGAAGAUGGGCGCAGAGAGUUCAUCGGAAGUACAAUCGCGCAGCGGGAGGAGUUUGAGGACUACGAAGACAGUAUGUAUGAGCCGUCAGUCGCGGACUAUGAGGAGGCCAGCGAGGGCGAUCACCAGAAUGCCGAGUUGCAGCAGUCAACAAUUCAAGAUUGUGAAGCGCCUGAAGCUACAGUUCUAUUGUUCGCAAGGCCGUUGAAAAACAAUACCACAGCCUCAGUUAAGGCGGCAUUGCAAGACAUAGUUCUGUACCUUGAGACCCACAACUUGCCCGUCUAUAGGCACCACGCGGACCAUGGAGAGACGUUCAGCCAUAGCAUUAGGUCCUGGUUUCGGGAGCAGGGAAUACGGGCCACAUGGUCGGAAGCAGGAGUACCGCAAGGAAAUGGACGAGCAGAAGCCGCAGUACGAUGGAUAAAGGACCGUGCAAGGACCUUGUUGAUUGGGGCUAGAAUGCCGACGAAGCUUUGGCCCACUGCCGUGGAAGCAGCAACAGCGAUGCAGAGGGCAAGUGUGUUGGGAUGGAAAAGCAAGCUGAUGGCGCCUUAUGGCGCCCCCGUGCACAUCAAGCAGAAGGCGUUCGAUUCGUCGGGGCCGCGUCGGCGAGAGCGGGCGUUUGAGUCCAAAUGGCUAAGAGGUCACUACAUGGGACUUAGCAACCUGCUUGACGACGGCCACGUGAUUUAUGUCCCAGGCACAGAAGAUAGCAAGGAGAAGUUCAUCCACACGUUCCAUGUGCGGACCAAGUUACAGGAUCCAGGUCCACCAGAGCAACAGCUACAGCUUGGUGAAGAACCUAAGCCCAGGCGGAAGAUCCCGAAGAAAACCCCAGCAGCAGAGGUCGAAUUGCGGGCGUUGGACCUCACCAGGGCGGACUUGGAGGAGUAUGCGGCCCAGCGAUCGAAGGUGCUGUUGGACAAGUGGGACUAUUAUGAGGCGUUGCGGUUGGUGGAUGAGCUGGCGGAGGCGAAGUUCUUCGAGGAUAGGACCUUCGGUAUAUGGAGGCAUGGUGGAGCAGUUGGUUGGACAACAGCGUUCAAGGAGUUCCCGGACGUGGCAAGGGUAAUGGCUAAGGUGGUGUUGGAGCUGGAGCCGGAGGCUACCUUCACUGCUAUUUGCGUCAUGAGAAAUUCUCAGCGAGGACAACAUCGCGAUAGCAACAACGAUGAGAAGGCCAACAACUAUCUAGUACCGGUACGGCUACCACGCUCAGGAGGAGGCUUGUGGGUUGAGCUAUCCUCAGGUGAUCGUGUUUGUGGACAAGUUGAGGAAAGAAGCGAUGAUAAGGGGACAAGGCGCUAUGGGCAUGUGCUAACGUUUGAAAUGGGAAGGUGCACAACGUUUAGCCCCCGCAAGCGACAUGAAGUUCUACCCUGGGAAGGAACACGCACGAUGAUGGUGGCUUAUACACCGCAGGCCAUGGGCAAGAUAACUCAAGAGAUGAUUCAGCAGCUUGAAGAUCAUGGCUAUGUACCUCCACUUUCUCAAUUACCAGAGUAUUUCAUCUUGGAAGAGCAGAGGGCUCCGAGGGUGUGCCCGAUCAAUGUGGUUGAGGAGGAGGCCCACCAGGAGGACCUGACGCCCAUAGCCGACAAUGAUCAGGAGUGGGAUAUGUUCUUGGACGUUGAGGACGGAAUGGUCAAGGUUGCUCCCGAAGCAACGGCUCUACUACGACCCAGAGCGGCGAAGGUGGAAGUGAACUAUACCCCUGACAUCGAGGAUGUGAUCAAUAGUCUAAAGGGUCCACUCGAAGUCACCCACACUGUGGAUCCAAAAGAUGCAAUGGCUCAUCUACCUCUAUGGAAGGAUGCUAUCGCCAAGGAGAUGAACACCGUCGAGGUCGCAAUAUCAAGACUGCAAGUGGGGACACCUGAAAGGAGAGAAUGGUUACAAAACCCGCGUGCACAACGGCUUCCAACAAAGAUGGUGUUUACGAUCAAGCCAAAUUCCAAGGCAGAGCUGACCAGCAGGGCCACAUGGGUGAAAAGGAAGGUUCGCCUCGUCGUCUGCGGGAACUUCGCAGCUUCGGAAGCUAUGUCGCUAUACACCGAGGCCGCUCCUUCUGAAGCAGUACGUACUGGUCUGGUCAUAGCAAAGCGAGAGGGAUGGUCAGUGGGAAUCAUCGACAUAGUCGCCGCCUUCUUAAAGACUCCCAUUGGGAAUGACGAGGGGGAUCCAGUUAUUAUAGCUACACCACCGAAGCUGCUACAGGAGCUGAACUUGACCCAGGCUAGUGAACUCUGGGGCCUGGUGCGAGCCCUCUACGGUCUGAGGCAGUCUCCAGUCCUUUGGUCGCGGCACCGAGAUAGAAGGAUGGAUGCUAUGAAGCCACCAACUGGAUUUGCGAUGAUGCGUGGACGUACUAUUUCAAGUUGGUGGUCAGUGCGGGAUGCAAGAGGAAGGCUGUCGGCAGUGAUCCUUAUAUACGUCGAUGACUACCUGAUCUUAGGACCUCCAAGGCUUAUUCAGAUGCUAACCGACAUGAUCCAGCAAGAGUGGGACACUUCAGAUUUGAGCAUUCUUUCUGAAGAGAACGCAGUGAAGUUCCUUGGAAUGGAGUUAACGCUACGGGGCGAGGAGAUGUACCUCAGCCAACAGGGCUAUAUCGAGGAGCUCAUCCGCGCCUACGAUUUACAACCAGGAGACAAUAGCAGNNGCAGGAUACCCAUUGCCAAGGACGAUGCAGUCUAUGAAGUGUUACCUGGUGAUCUUCCUCCUACAGAACAGCUGGUUCACCAGGCUCAGCAAUUGACAGGGGAGCUUCUAUGGCUGUCACAGCGGUCGCGUCCUGAUCUGAGUUUCGGGUGCUGUGUUCUGUCAUCUAUGUCAACCCGAACGCCAGCGAGAGUAGUCGCCAUGGCCCACAAGAUGCUUAAGUAUAUCAACUACACCAAGAGCUACCAGUUGCGUAUAGCUUGGACAGGGAACCACAUGCACCUCUACCCCGAUGCGGCGUUUGCACCUGGUGCAGCGAGAAGUCAGACAGGGUGGGUGAUAACCUACGGGGGAACCCCCAUCCUAUGGCGGAGCUCACGUCAGUCAACGACAGCACUGAGCUCUGCAGAGGCAGAGCUAAAUGCCAUCUUGGAGGGCAGCGUGGCGAUGCUUGGAGUCGAGGCGAUGCUCAUGGACAUGAACGAGUUUGCGGAGGAUAAAAUUGUGGGUUCAGAUUCGUUGAGUGCGUUGUCUUUGUCAGCUGGAACGGGAAGCUGGAG